AUGCCCCUCUCUGCUCCUCCUUGCAGGGCGACGCUGCAUGUGGAGUGCGCACCCAGUUGCUCCCUCCCUCGCUCUGACUCUCGCCUUCCCCAUGCCACCCGCAUCCCCCCACACCACACCCUUCCCCCUGCUGCUCUGUUCCUCCUUGCAGGGCGACGCUGCACGUGGGGGGUGGUGAAAGCAGUUGGGUCACUCAGGUGGGUCUUCUACCGCCACCAUUGGUUCCUGGCGGCGCAUCUACACUUGCUGGCGGCGCAUCUGCACUUGCUGGCGGCGCAUCUACACUUGCUGGCGGCGCAUCUGCACGUGCUGGCGGCGCAUCUGCACUUGCUGGUGGCGCAUCUGCACUUGCUGGCGGCGCAUCUACACUUGCUGGCGGCGCAUCUGCACUUGCUGGCGGCGCAUCUACACUUGCUGGCGGCGCAUCUACACUUGCUGGCGGCGCAUCUGCACUUGCUGGCGGCGCAUCUACACUUGCUGGUGGCGCAUCUGCACUUGCUGGCGGCGCAUCUGCACUUGCUGGCGGCGCAUCUACACUUGCUGGUGGCGCAUCUGCACUUGCUGGCGGCGCAUCUGCACUUGCUCUGCACCUGGGGCGACUGCCCGCACAGCCAGCAAGCGGUGAAACGUCAGGAAGCAAAUGGCAAGGGGAUGAUGAGUGGUGCAAGGGGAUG